AAUUGAAAGAUACUUGGGCAAAAAAUAACCAUGAAAAGUUCCGUUAUAUAAAUGAAGACACUAGUAUAAAAGAAUCGUAUAAUUCAGUUCAAAAUGCAAUAGAAAGCUUGCAACAAGAAAUACUUCAAGAUCAAGUUGACUCACGCCAAUUUCAAGUACGAACAGAAAAUAUACAAGCACUUAUAAAAUCUUUUAAUGAAAUCUUUUAUGAACGCUAUAUAAAAGAGCUUGAAGCUAAACUUCUAUAUAAUGACAUUCUUGAUGACUUGAAAGCAAUACUUUCACAACUUAGGGAAAGUAAAUUGAGUCUAAAUCAAGUUGAUGAACAUCUAAUGAACAAAAUAAAGAACAAAGUUGAUUAUAUUAAUAAUCAUAUUAGAACUGAAUUCACAAAAAUGAAUGAUUGUGGAUAUAAGGAUGAGUUUGAAGCUUUAAAAGACUCACUUACAAG